CGCAUCGCAGCAGCACGAGCAGCACGCCGUGCCGCUCCAACCGUCUCACUUCCCUGCUUAGCUUCCCGCCGUGCUAUGGCGUCGACCAAGGCUCCCGGCCCCGGCGAGAAGCACCACUCCAUCGACGCGCAGCUCCAUCAGCUGGUCCCAGGCAAGGUCUCCGAGGACGACAAGCUCAUCGAGUACGAUGCGCUGCUGGUCGACCGCUUCCUCAACAUCCUCCAGGACCUUCACGGGCCCAGCCUUCGCGAAUUUGUCCAGGAGUGCUACGAGGUCUCGGCCGACUACGAGGGCAAAGGAGACACGACGAAGCUGGGCGAGCUCGGCGCCAAGCUCACGGGGCUGGCCCCCGCCGACGCCAUCCUCGUGGCGAGCUCCAUCCUGCACAUGCUCAACCUCGCCAACGUCGCCGAGGAGGUGCAGAUCGCGCACCGGCACCGCAGCCGCAACAGCAAGCUCAAGAAAGGUGGCUUCGCUGACGAGGGCUCAGCCACCACCGAGUCCGACAUCGAGGAGACGCUCAAGCGCCUCGUGUCCGAGGUCGGCAAGUCCCCCGAGGAGGUGUUCGAGGCGCUCAAGAACCAGACCGUCGACCUCGUCUUCACCGCGCAUCCCACGCAGUCCGCCCGCCGCUUGCUCCAGCAAAAAAACGCCAGGAUCCGGAAUUGUCUGACCCAGCUGAAUGCCAAGGACAUCACUGACGACGACAAGCAGGAGCUCGAUGAGGCUCUGUAGAAAGAGGUACGU